UUCUUCACUAUUCCAUGUAAACUCUUUUAAGGACUUUGCAGUUUUAUGGGUACUUUGUUUUUACAGUUUGCAAUCUACAUUAAGCACUUUUGUAUAUAGUGUACCAAAUGAGGAAACCUAUCUUCAGUUGGCAACAAGUAUCUGACUGGUUGACUUUGUCUUUAGGUGACAGUGGCACAAACUCUUUUUGGGGUCAUAAACAAAGACUAUUCCUCUGAAAAUUUUAUUAUAAUUUGUUUUUUUUUUAAUUUGAUCUCUUGUACCCACCAAGUAAUACGGGAUUUGCAUGAUAUGAUAGUUCUAAGGAGAUUUACUUUCUUAUCUCAGGCUUCAUUACUUUCACUUCUGCCAAAACACUUAAUGAGGAUAGCAGAACACAUCUUGUCAAUUGGGUACCACUCCCAUAACAAUGAUUACCUUGAGAUCUGUCGUAGCUGCAAGGCAAUCUAUGAGAUUCCAUCUGUCAAAGAAGAUCCGGCACAACGGAUACCAGUCCUACGGGAAAUUUGUUGGUAUUUAGUGCUGUCUCCACAUGAUCCAUUGCAGUCAAGCCUUCUUAACUCUACUUUGGAGGAUAAGAAUCUAGGUGAAAUUCCAAAAUUUAGGUUCAUCAAUUACGCUAAGUGGAUUUGCUUUUGA